AUGGGUGUUCCAUUUGAGGCUCUUCUUCCCUUUGGUAUCAUCAUCGGAUCGUUCACUGUCGGCGGUGCCGGCUUGUGGGCGGUCCGGAAAUGGGACAACGAGGGCAAGAUGCCGCGGUGGAACAAGGACAAGUGGGAUAGACAAAUGAUGGAGAGAGACCUGAGAAUCACGGGCACGAAACGAGGCCAAUCGAGCAACCACGAAGCUCCCAAGGGAUUCGAGCUCAGCAACCCCUGGAAGAUCGAGAAACGGAUUUUCUAG